AUGGUGAUGGGGACGGGGAGAUGGCGAAAAGUGAUGCCUCAACAAGAUCGACAGUCUAUAUCACUUCAGCUUACGGCCAUACGAACGAGGAUGAAGGUGACCGGUCGUCUUCCGGAUCCGAAUAUGAGGAUGAGGUCGAGGAGCAGAGUCAGGAGACCUAUUUCGAUCCGGGCAGGUUUCAGCAAUUAG